GAGGAAGACCAGGCAGUCCCCACCCACGAUGAGCCAGACUCCACCCACCAUGAGAGAGUCCCCGCCCGCGAUGAUCCAGUCUCCGCCUUCCUGGAUUGGUGUACAGCCUCUGGAAUCCACCUGAACCCAAAGGUGUACAUCAGCACGGAGGGGACGGUGGCGCAGUACGGGAUGAUGACCCGCCAGGAUCUGCCGGUGGGAGAAGUGGUGUUCACCAUCCCCCGACCGGCUCUUCUGUCACAGCACACGACCCGAAUCCAGGAUCUGCUGGAGCAAGAGCGGCAGAAUCUGGACAGCACAUCAGGCUGGGUCGCCCUCCUCGUCUCCCUCAUGUAUGAAGCGAUGGACCACAACUCUCCAUGGGCCCCGUACUUUGGGCUGUGGCCCCAGCUGGUCCCUCCGGACCUUCCCAUGUUUUGGUCGGAGGAGGAGAGGGCGGAGCUCCUGGGGGGCACCGGGGUCCCGGACGCGGUGAGGAAGGAUCUGGAGAACAUUGAGGAGGAAUAUAAGACGAUCGUCCUCCCGUUAAUCAGGAGACAUCCGGAGACCUUCCGUCCCGAGACACACACGCUGAACCUCUACAAGAGGCUGGCGGCCUUCGUCAUGGCGUACAGGUGAG